AUGAUAUUAGGAAGCUAUCAGGUUAAAGUCGAUGAAAGAGACGUCUCAAUGCACAACGCGUAUAGGAAAGAAUUACAGAGUGUUAUGGGUGAAAAGAACAAUAAUAUUGUAACAUUGCCACAAGAUUUUAUCAAAGGGAAAUACGUUGGAGGUGCUGAAUUGAUAAAGCAAUUGAAUGAAAUUGGUGAAUUGCCGAAGUUAUUAAGAGUCCUUCCUUUAAGGCCAAUUGGAUAUAUUUGUGAAGGUUGUGGGGAUGUACGGUUCUUUCCUUGCUUGAAUUGUGAUGGCAGCAGGAAUUUUUUUGAUGAAGAUGAAGAACAAGUUAAGAGGUGUCAAGUCUGUAAUGAGAAUGGACUGGUUCGAUGCACUCUUUGCUGUUCUUGA